AUGACGCUGCCAGCACCACCAACAAUCUCCCGCUACAAUGUGGCUCGCAAGCUGCAGAAACGUAGCCUGCUUAUUGCCAUCAACAGUAUCGCUGGUCUCUCGAUUCUCUUCUUCGGUUACGACCAGGGAAUGAUGGGCGGCGUGAACAAUGCCGAAGACUACAUCAGGCGCAUGGGCUUUGGAUACACCAAGAUGGUCGACGGCCAGCCGACGCCCGUGGUCACCGACUCGCUGCUCCAGGGCGGUAUCGUCUCCAUCUACUACCUCGGCACCCUCGUGGGCUGUCUCGUCGGCGGCAUUGUCGCCGAAAAGGUUGGCCGUAUCCGUGGCAUUGCCCUCGGCGCCGGUGUCGCCAUUGUGGGCGCUUCGCUGCAGUGCUCGGCCAUGAACCACGUCUGGAUGAUCUGCGCUCGUCUCGUGAAUGGCUGGGGCACCGGUAUCCUCAACGCGAUUGUCCCCGUUUAUGCCACCGAGACGGCCGACCACACGUCGCGCGGUCAGUUUAUCGCCAUCGAGUUCACCCUGAAUAUCCUCGGUGUCGUGAUCGCAUACUGGAUGGAGUAUGGUCUGUCGUACAUUGACGGCGGCCGCUCUCAAAUCCGCUGGCGCUUCCCCAUCGCAUUCCAGAUCCUCAUGCUGCUUGUCCUCAUCUCGGCUGUCUGGUUCUUCCCCGAGUCGCCUCGCUGGCUGGUCAAGGUUGGACGCGACGACGAGGCAAAGUACAUUCUCGAGCGCCUCCGUGGGUCCACUGGUGAGGACAAGCUGGCGGCCGAAGCCGAGUACCACGAGAUCAAGGCUGUGGCCGACCAGCAGGUCCACUCGACUAUCCCCACCAGCUACUGGAGCAUGAUCACAGGUCGUGGAAGUGGCAAGCUCCACAUCGGCCGCCGUGUGCAGCUCGUCAUCUGGCUCCAGAUCAUUCAGGAGUGGGUCGGUAUUGCCGGUGUCACCAUCUACGCACCCACCAUCUUCGGUCUCGCUGGCUUUGACUCGAACAAGAGCCAGUGGAUCAGUGGUCUCAACAACAUCUUCUACAUGUUCAGCACCCUCAUCUGUGUGUUCACUCUCGACCGCAUCGGCCGUCGCUGGACUCUGUACUGGGGCUCCGUGCUCCAGGGAAUCUCCAUGUUCCUCGUCGGUGGCUUUACCCGUCUUGGUCUCAACGCCAGUGCCGCCGGCGACACUGCUGCCGCCAGCCGCUACGGUAUCGCCGCUGCGUCGUUUGUCUUCGUCUUCACGUCGACGUUCGGCGCGACUUGGCUUACCGUCCCCUGGCUGUACCCUGCCGAGAUCUUCCCCCUUGCGGUCCGUGCCAAGGGCAACGCUCUCGGUGUCGUCGGCUGGAGUAUCGGAAAUGGAUGGCUUUCCCUCCUUCUCCCUGUUUGUUUCCAGCACAUUGGAGAGAAGACGUACUACCUCUUCGGCAUUGCGAACGUAAUUUCCAUUCCCAUCGUCUGGGCGUUCUACCCCGAGUCCAACCAGCGCACGCUUGAGGAGAUUGACUUUUUGUUUGCGGGCGACACCCCCUGGAACUGGGUUGCCGAGUCCAACUUUGCACGUCUCAAGCAGGAGAACCCCGAGAUCGCGCACGACCUCCACCAUGGCGUUCACAGGGACGUCGAGGAGCUCGCAUCGGACGACAAGGCCACCACGGUGUCUGUAGCCGCGUCUGUUUCGGACAAGUAA